GACCUUUUUCGUAUCUGUACAUUAGCAGUGAGUGUGAGGAAAUAAAAUAGGACCAUAAAACAAACUACAAAAAUUUGAUUUCUCUCCACUAACUUUAAACUUGUCUUUAAAAUUGGUACAUUUUACAAGUAAGUUUAGUUUGCAAUGAUGUGUGAAGGUUAGAUUCAUUUGACAAUGUGUUAAUUAAAUAAAUAAUUAUUAUUAAUUAGUAGUCUACUCUGGCAGACUGGCUACCUAUUUUAAUUUUUCAUAUUUAAUUAUGACUUAUGAUUAAGUAACAAGUAUUUGACACUGUGAAUGUGUAAGUUUAUAAUAAGAGUGAAUAGCAGUGGAGCAGAAAAGGAGAAUAGUAACUGUAAUAUAGGGUAAUAGUAGUAUUGGUAGUAGUGACAUUGAUAAGAAUUGUUUUUGAAAUGUGGACGUGGAGAUGGGACUCAAAGAAUUUGGGCUAUUACUAGUAAUAGUACUACGUGAAGUGGGAUGGAAUGAAGAAUGGGGUAUACCGAAAAAUGCUUUGUGGUGGUGGUUUGGGCAAGUAAUGUGUAAAUAAAAUUCACCAGAAAAAACAUUUAGGUCUACUCCUGUACUACAGGUACCAAAUCGAAAUGCAUUAAGACUAACUAUUUUUUUUUAAUUAAAAGGCAGCAAUAACUACCAAUGGCAGAAAAUACAAUUUUCUGGGUCUUCCACGCCUCAGGGGGUGCUUUCACCCCAGGUUAAGAACCACUCUUCUAGGGAAAUGUUUCUGACACAGGUGCAGUAAUUCAAUAUCCAGGGGAGGUUAAUUAUUUGUGGCUUUGUAAGUAAAGGACACUAGUGGACAGAUUGAUAUUUUUUAGGAAGAGGUGGGGGGGGGGGUGCAGAGGUUUGUGACAUUAUAUUUGAGAGGGGGUCUAGCUUUUUGUGAUGGGGUAUAUCCAGGGGAGGUUAAUUAUUUGUGGCUUUGUAAGUAAAGGACACUAGUGGACAGAUUGAUAUUUUUUAGGAAGAGGUGGGGGGGGGGUGCAGAGGUUUGUGACAUUAUAUUUGAGAGGGGGUCUAGCUUUUUGUGAUGGGGGGAGUGUGUACAUUAUUUUGGGAUCACUCUGUUAAUAGAGACAUAUAAGUAUAUGAAAACAUAACAGUGACUAAAAUUAAAACUGGGAAGAGACUUUUUGAGAGAGCUGCCACUUCAUGGUCAAAGGCUUUUACUUUAAAAAAAAAAUUUCAAGCUUUAACCCUUUCCCCCUUGGAGUCGCCGAUUGUCGCGCCUACCGAUAGACACUUUAAGUCGCUGAGCGUCGCAGAUUUUCGGUUGUUUCGCUGCAGAGCCGAUUCAACUUUUUAAGUAGUUAAUAUAUGCUUUCAUAAAAUCUCAAAUAAAAGAGCUAUAAAUAUGCUUCCUUUUCGUCUUUCUUUGAUUAUUUUUGGACGAGUCUUGUGUUUUUGACAAUUUUUUUAAUUUGAGUGUUUUUUGUGGAUUUCUUUUUCAAAAUGGAUGAUGUUCUAAGGAUGUUUAGGGAUGCUACAGGGUACAAUUAUGAUGGGAAUACAUAUGAUUUAGGGGAUAAUAAUGAAAUUGAUGAAGGUGAAAGUGAUGUUGAUGUUCCAAUUAAACAGUUUGACCUUAGUGACACGGAUAAUGAUACUGAUAACGAGUCUGAUGAUGCUGUAGACCCAGACAACAUGGACCCAAUAGGUCCAAACAUCAUAGGCCAGUGGGAUAACAUUACAGAUGUUGUGGUAAGGAAAUUCAUUGCAGAUAGUGGCCCUAAACAUGAUUUAGAGUCAGAUGCAGAGCCAUUGGACUAUUUUAGUUUGUUACUACCAGAAGACUUUUAUACAGCAGUGGUAAACCAAACAAAUCUGUAUGCUGAAAAAUGUCAACAAAGGGCAGCUAAAGUGGACAAAUAUUUGAAGCCAGCAACAGUUGGUGAAAUAAAACUAAUGUUUCACAUUUAUAUAAUUAUGAGUAUACAUGUUCUACCAGAAUACUCUGACUACUGGUCAACAGAUGAUCGCCUCCAUGUCCAAGGGGUGGCUUUGUGUAUGAGUAAAUCACGCUACGAGAAGCUGUCACAAUACUUAAAUCUAAGCGACUCAUCUCUUAAUCCUCCCAGAGGCCAAGAAGGCCAUGACCCCCUACAUAAAGUUAGACCACUUGUAGAACUCAUCAAAGCUAAUUCAGCCUCCGGUUUACAGUAGGCAAGAACAUAAGUUUAGAUGAGGCAAUGAUAGCUUACAGUGGGAGACUGGCAUUUAAACAGUACAUCAAAGGGAAACCUAACCCCUGGGGCAUUAAGGUUUGGUGUGCUGCCGAUUCAUCAAAAGGGCAACUUCUUGAUUUCAACAUAUAUACUGGAAAGGUGAAAGAUGACAUGCCUCACGCAAGUGGACUUUAUGUUGUUUCAAAACUGGAAGAAAGAUUUUUAUAUAAUUAUCACCACUUCUUCUUUGAUAAUUAUUUCUCUUCAAUUCAAUUAGCUCAGGAUCUGUUGGCAAAGGAUACUUAUUGUUGCUCAACACUAAGGCCCAAUAGAAAAGGAUGGCCAUCAGAAUUUAAAGCGUCAAAAAUAAAAAAAAUGAAAAAAAGGAGACAUUCAAGUGAGGCAAAAUGGGAAUCUUGUGGCCACAGUCUGGAAGGACAAAAGAUGUGUUACACUGCUAAGCACUAACACUGCUCCAGGGACGUCCACAGUUUCACGUCGUGCCCCAGGAGGUUGGUACGAAGUGACAAUUCCUACUGUUGUGGAUGUGUUCAACAAAUCCAUUGGGGGUGUGGACAAAUUGGAUCAAUUGUGUUCCUACUAUCCAGUAGGAAGAAAAUCUGUAAAGUGGUGGAGAUACAUAUUUCGAUUUCUCCUCCAGAUUGCGAUAGUCAAUAGUUGGAUCCUGUACCGUACUCCAUUCUCACAGACCACAUCCAAAAAAAAAACAUGCUGUCCCAUAAGGAGUUUCGCUUAAGCCUUAGCUCAUCUUUGCUGAAAGGCAACAUCAGCUGGAAGAGAAAACCAACAAGUCAACCAGCUUCUCAAGGAGUAAGGACUGCUGAUUUGCUUGAGCACCGGCUGAUACGGAUGGUUGGGAACAAACGUGCUUGCCACUUUUGUUCAAUCAAUAAACAGUUUGGAAAAAGAAAGAGGGCACAUGAGACUGUUUAUUGGUGUAAUUUGUGCCAAGUUAGACUUUGUAAAGGAGAAUGUUUCUCAAAAUUCCACGCAAACUUGAUGCCAACUUCUGUCGCCAGCACUUCUAGUCAAAAUUAAACAUUUCUUUCAUUUUUUUUUAAGUCUUUUUUAUAAGAAAUUUUAUGUGUUUUUUGGUUGAUUUUAAAAAAUUGUAUGUUGGAAAUUUUACAGAGUUAUGCCCCUUUUCCCAAGGAAAGACUGUUUGUGGCUCAGCAUUGGCCUAAGGGUGAAAGGGUUAAUAAACAAUGGUAUCCAUGGAGGAAAUGUUGUCAUUAUAUCCAUGUGGUCCAUGUUUGAAACUUACAUAAAAUUUUUGGGGUAAGGCGAGGGGAAAAUUUAUUAGCCCAUUCUUAUAGAUAAUUGGAGGGUUUUAAACAGGAUUUUCAUGAAAAUUGCAACUGUUGGAGAAUGUAUGAGAAAUUAAAUAGUGGAAUUCCCUCAAUUCAAAUUCAUAAAUAUUUCCUCAAAAAAUUUUAAAAAUAAAAAAUCAGAAAACAGUACUUUUCAACCUGAAUUCUCAUUAAAAUUAUGUAUCAAACAACCUAUUUAACAAAGAAAUGACAGCGAACUGAAUUUUUUACCAAUGCAUAUGCGAUGUAUUUUACAUUUUCAAGUUGAAAAAAAUUGAACAAGGCGCACAUAUCUCUGCAAUGAUUUGUCACUAUCAGAAAAAUGAUUUAUCCAAGUUCCUAAAUAGCCUGAAGUCAGUGAAGUUUUUAUGAAUAAUUUUUAUUUGAGGAAGAUUUCAUUUCAUUUUUUGUCAAUAACCCCCAAAUCUGAACUCAUUCAUGCAAGUUUAGACUGUAUAAUUAUGAUGCAUACUAUUCAAAGUUGUUAUGUAUAUUAAACAAACAAAAUUCCUGAUAAUUACCCUGCAAUGUAAUUUGGACUACAGGAAUAGGUUAGGAUACCAUAUUUUGGUCUUUUGUUUCAGCUACUGACUGGUAUAUUGAAAUUGGGCUUGUUAAAAAAAAAAUAUUGAAACUAGGCACAUAGCUAAUGUUCCUCAACCAAAAGAUUUGAAGAUUUGAAUUAAGAAAUUAUAUUUUUUAAAAUAAAAUAAAAGAAAUAUAUUGCAUGGUUUAUAUAUAAUAUGAAGUAGUCCUGAGAAAAGGAUUGUUAUAACCUGGUCAUGUGAUGUAUGUUUAUUAUAAUUUAUGCCAAGGUCUUGAAAUCAUACAAGGGAUCCGAUAAGUUGAAGAUCAAGUAGGACUGGAUGCUGCGAACAGUUUUGAUGUGACUUCUUUUCUCAGGCCCAACGAUAUCUUUGUUAAUAUCUCUACGUGGUUUCUUGGAAAAAGCAAUUCAUUUGAUUUUUAUUAUCAUAACAAUAACCUUAUUCUUUUUGUGUACAUCUGUUGGGCCUAAUGUGUACAAUAACUAUGCAAAAUAAAAUUUGGAUAUGUACAUAAAUUUCAUUGUUUGAGUCAUCGAAGUAUUUCCAUUGGCCAAGAUCUGUACAUUUGUUGUUGUCUUCCUGAACUAUAUUAUUUUGUAUCACAAGUAAUUGAGUAGGUAAGGAAAGGUGGGGGGGGGGGGGUGAUAAUGGAUUAAGCCAAUAUUUUUUAUAGGCAAAAAUACCAGUAUAAGCAACUGCUGCUAAGAAUGUCAUUAUUUAUUAUUUUCUGAUGCAUUCCAUGAAUGAACUAUUGUUGAGGGCUAUUUUUUAUUGAUUACCCGGUAUAAUUAAAAGAAAAUAUUAAUAAUAUCCAUAAUUGUAUAAUUCUGUAUUAAAAGUAUGUACAAAUUUAAAAAUUGAUAUAUCGAAUCUAUUCACUUCAUCUAAUCCAUGGUUUCAUCCAUCACCCUGCACAGAUUUUAGCACACAAAGUUUUGAAUUUAACCCAUAACUUAUUUCCACAAUCCCAAUAUUUAGUCUGUGCCCUGAAAUCAUUAUCUGUAUCCAUCAGCAUUGCAACUGCCACUCUCAUGACAAUAUUGAAAAGCAUUUAUAAAAUUAUGUAAAUAGAGUCAUGAGCACCUCUGCGAAAUAAGGUUUAAAAUGUUUAAAAUUUUACUGCUGGUACUCAUUACUUUUGUUAUUAAACAAAUCUGAUAUUUUUUUAAAGAAACCUUUGAACUACAGCUACUAUUCUUCUCUCUAGAUGCUGAUAAUUUCAGUUUGGAGAGCAUUGUCACAUCACACCAAUCUCUCUACUACUUUGCCCUUGCUGAAAAAAACAUACAACUCCACAUCACUACUUUUAUAUUCUUCUUUAAAUAGGUUUGUUGUAUUUACGUAAGACUUUUUAUAUGUAAUGAUUUUAGUUGCACUGAUUCCUCCAUUUAUAACAGAACCAUAAUAGAGCAGGCAUAUUUUUCAACCAUAUAAUAAAGAUGACUAAUUUUUUAAAACUCUUAUUACUUUUAGCAUUGAAAUUAAUCACAAUUAAUGUAACUGAAAAAGUAUUAUUAAGUUCUGUUAUUGUCUUUAAAUAGUCAAUAGAUGAAAAGGACAUUUUGAUGUGUUCAGCAACUUUUAAUUAUUAUUUUGUUGGCUGUUGUUAGAUUUUAUGGGCAAAUUAUAAAGAAUUAAUUUAAAAAUAAGUUACUUUCAACCAUCUGUUGUUAAAAUAAAAGUAAAAUUGUUAAAAACUCACUAUUUCCUUAAGUGUAUGUAACAUUUUAACUUUAACCGAAUUUUCUCUGACAGAAAUUUUUUUUGGUUUAAAUAUAUAUCAUUAAGUAUUAAGUGGUUUAUUUUGGAUCAUAAAAUUACAGAAUGGCAACUGAAGCAGAUUUUGAAAGAGUAAAAGCCAGGGCAGAUUUAACUGAGAAGAUUUUGGCUGAUCUCCAAGGCCAAAUAGAGGCUAUAAAGAAAGCAGCAAGUAAAAAGAAAAUCUAUUAACAAGUUAUAUGUUAUUUAAUCAUUUGACAGUAUUUAUGUAGUAUUCAUAGCAUUUGAAUGAAGAAACAAAAAUGUUUUUUUAUUUAAAAUUAUUGCUUAUUCCUUUUUAUAAUCUUUUUAAAAACCUUUUCACUGUGUUUCAAUUAAUAGCAGAUGUAUCAAAUGCCAUUCCUUUAAAAUUAUUAAUAUUAUAUUAUACAUUUUUAAAGAAAUUUUGUCUUUCUUCUACAAAUGAAACAUAGUAAAGAAAGGAGGACUUUCUGAGGAGGGGGCGCUUAUAAAAGAAAAUGGAGAGCUCAAAAAAGAAAUUGAAUCUAUACGAGCAGCACUUAUUCUUGCUGAAAUUGGAAAUGGAGGUAAUUUUUUUACAUACCGUAUUUAUUUUUAACUGUUAAGUCUUUUUAUCUGUACAGAUUGAUGUCUAGCAUACAGUACAUUUUAUACCCAACACUGCUGGCUGGCUUGUACUUUUACUUAAGAUGAGCUGUAUGUAGAAAAUUUAGUUAGCUAUGUAAAUUUUUUUAAAGCAUUUUCCUUAGUAUGCACAGAAUUUCAUAAAGGGUACUUGAACUUUUCAGAACAAAUAUUAUUUUAGGAAAUUCUAACAAAUCUUGUUUAAAGAAAAUCACGUUUCAUUUCCUAAAAGUUUUUGAAUUUGUUUUGUUUUUCACAUCAUACCAUCCAGACUCAAAAGUUUAACUAUUUAUUUUUUUUUAAAUAUCAUGUCAGGUUCAUGCUGUUAAGUACCGGUACUUAUUUAUAUAAAAAAAAAUGUUUAUUUUGCUUAAAGUGCGACAAUUUCAACUGCCAAGCAAAAGUGCACUUUCUGCAGUCGGAACAGCCAAGUCUGUUGUCUCAACAAAUUUGGUCAAUGGAGUGAAACAAGAAUCAGUUGAUGAAAAAUCAAAAGUACAAAAGGUUGAAGUAGCUGGUAAGAAAACAAAGCAAAAUGACACCGAGCCGCCUAAUGCAGGAGGUAAAAAAGCAAAGACUGAUAAAAAAGAAAAAGGUGAAGAGGCUGAGAGCAAAGGUAAUUUAUGUUUUUAAUAACCCACCUUAAGUUGCCAAUUUAAUUUCCAAAUUAAAGGAUUUUAAAAAUUUGUCAAUUCAUUUCGUAGCCAUUGCUCUGGCAAAAAAAUCAUAGCUGCCCUGGCCGCAGCAUUAGUAUCAGUCACUUAUCCGGACCUGGUUACUCUUACAAUUUUGGCGUACAAUAUACAAUUUUGAGAUAUCUUUAUGAUUGUAGGCUGGGACCUGGCUAAACUAUGAUUUUAGGGGACAGUGUUAAAAAAAAAAAUUCCCAGAGUUUUCCGACUUUAAAGAAUACAUGUUCACCUUUUGAUUUUAGCUCUUUUCUCCAUCCGGUGGUAAAUUGGGUUAGAGAUCCAAGUUUUGGUCAUCUUCACAUUGAAGGACGAACAAUAAUAAAUAGUUAUUGUAUACCUUCAUUGAGAUAGCUAGGGUUAAUGCUGCCUGGGAAGACCCUAUAAUUUUGCCACCCACUUCAACGAAAAAACUGCAGUUGUCCAAAAAUGCUACUCCUCCGUAUAGAGAAAAAUUCCACCCCGGGACAGACUGCACCCUCCGCUAUUAUGAUAGGGCAUUGCACGAUUUUGAGAUGGUAAAGGACUAUCCUGAAAUGAUAUUGUACUAUAUUUUGGAGUUUCAAGACACAGUAACAAGUGUUAACCAGGUCUGCCUAUCUUUAUAUUAAAAACUGGUGGGUAGACUACUUUAGGACAAAGUGGUUGGUUUGGUUGAAUGGGGACACAGCACAAAAGUCAAAGGUGUUCAUGCUAACAUGCCCAGUAAAUGAGAUCCAUGGUCUCAACUGAUCCCCCAAGGAACUCAAAUGCUCUAAUAAAGUCCUACUGUAACAGGUUAGACCUCAACAGGAAUCCAAACUUGACCAUGGGAGUUUAGGACUGCAAGCAAUUCCUACAGUAGAGAUAUAGGGCAUAGCCAAGAAAAUGAUUACCAAUAUGUUAGUCAGUGUAACAUUGUACGAUUAAGCUUCCCACCCGUCCCCCUUUUUUUUCUCGGAAUUUUAGUUGCAGAUACAUUUUUUUCCAGUACUUUUGUUUUAUAUUAUCAGUUAAUUUUGUAAUUAAAUUAAGCAUUUCUAUCUUUUUCAAUUGAUUUAAUAUGAAACUUUGGUAUGCCACCAGGUAUCCUAAUUUGAUAUGCUUAAAAUUAACUUCGCAUUUUCUCUAAAUUAAGGUGGAAGCAGUUCCAAAAAGAAGUCUGCCACUGCUGCUGAAGAUGACAGUGGGGAUGCAGCUCUGGAUGUCUCUAGGCUAGAUUUAAGAGUUGGAAAAAUUGUCUCAGUUGAAAAACAUCCUGAUGCCGACUCUUUAUAUGUUGAACAAGUAGAUGUGGGUGAAGGACGGAACAGAACGGUAGUCAGUGGUUUGGUCAAACAUAUUCCCAUUAAUGCGGUGAGCGCAACUUUUGCACAAAUAAAGAUAUUUUAAUUUCAUUUAGUUGGUUUAUGUUGGUUUAGUAUAAGUUUUUUCUCAAUUUUAAUCUCAUGACUUUUUUCAUUUUUUUCAAAUGUCAAAAUAACAUAUUAUUAUGUGGCACAAUUUAAUUAUUUUUAAAACAAAAAUUGUUUCAUUUAAAUUUUUGGAAAGAACUGAGAUUCUAACGUUUUAACAUUUUUAUUUUGUCAAAUGUAUUUAUUGUUGUUGCUGUAAUUGCCAUAAAAAGAUUGUUUAACUCUCAAAAGACGGGAGAUUGAAAAAUCUGUCAUAUAUGGCGGGUGAAAAGAACGACCCCUAAAAUAUAUAUAAAAAUAAUAUUAAAAGGCGACAAUAAAGAUUUACUAUUUUGGAAUGUUAAAUUUCUAUUUGGCAAGAAAGAAAAAUUGUUUAUUUUACUAGUUCUUGAAGAAAUCUGGUAGCAACUUAUCCAUUCAUAAAUUUUACUUUUCGCCAUUUACUCAUAUUUUGCCACCAUUCCGGUUCGCUUUUACUACACUCUAAAACAUUGCUAUGGAGUCUGAUUCUGAUUAUAAGCUUGAAAUGGACGACUAUUCUUACUUAGAAGAAUAUUUAUGAUGAAGAUAGCACUUCAGAUGUGUCUGAUACCGAGAAUUCUGUAAAUUAUCAUCAUAAUAAUAGCAUCCAAGGUUUGUUUACUUUUUUCAUUCAUACUCAACUCACGCAUACUGUGAUACUUCUUAGCACUAUUAUUAGCCCUAACAUUAGUUUUAUUCAAGUUCCAGUAGUAUAAAAUUCUUAAAUAGAUUAAAUUAUUUAUUUGUUUGAAACUAAUUUGUAGUUAUAAUAUUAUUUUAAUAUUAUUACGUUUCAGUUAGCAAAAUGUAAACAAUGGUUCUCAAGGCCAAGGCUAUUUACUAUUAUUACACUGUAACAAUCAGCUGAGUUCCCUUUUCAAUGAAAACUUGAAGUAAAAGUAAUUUAGGCAGAUUGUUUAAUAUUUUGAAUUCUUUUUAUUUAUAUUGUAAUUUUUUUAUUUUAGCUAAACUAAUUUUUUUUUUAUAUUUUGACAGCAUCUAUGCUAUGAAGGGCAGAUGUCAAACAUAGUCAAUACAAUGGGCUAUGAUGACAAAAGACUGUGGGACUCUUUGCUGCAUUUAGACCAGAGGUGAAAAGGACUAUUGCUUCCUGAUGUUAUAACAAGAGAGGAUAUAAGGAGAUUUUAAAAGCAAAUUGACAUUUUCAACCUCUACUUUACUACAGAUUUGGUUGGUUAUUAGUAAGCCUUGUGCGCAGGACAAUGGACCGCAGAACUUUUGUGUUUUCAAAAAUUGGUACCAUUAUAACAUCAUUGAAGGGGAGUUUUAGCUACUAAGUGGAUUUAUUAUGAAUGCAGGACUUAUCAAGCUCUUAAUUUUACAAGAAAUGUCCAGGAAAUCCUUUUAUGAUGGACAAUGAGCAAGGCCAUUAGUACUAAGGACAUAUUCAAGGCUAUAUUGAGUUUCCUAAAAGUUUCUGAUACUGAAAAUAAAGGAAACAUGCUGUGCAAAAUUGGGAGACACUUCUGUAUCUCAAUGCAAAAUACAAUCAACUGUAUCAGCAUCAAGAAAAUGUAGCAAUUAAUGAACAAUUUAGGGAACAAUUGACAUAUUUGAUGAUGAACCUGAUACUGUAAAGCCCGAAAUCUUUACAUCGUGCGCCGCAACAUGACAAUGAUUGACAAUAACAAAAAAUGUAAUUGUGGGUUACCAAAACAGGGUAAAAUGGUCAGAGCAUAUGUCUCAGGCUUUCUUUUUGAUACAUUUGUAUGUUUUAAUAAAUAAAGAAAUUGUUUUCAAGAAUUUUUAUGCAUGGUCUUGGCGAAGGAUUAUAUCCUCUGAUCGGUAUCUCGGGGAUGCAUAAAAAAAUUUAUUUAUUAAAAUUUGCCUUUUUUUUUCUUCACUUUUCUUCUCAAAUAAUACUUACUAAUAACCCUCUAAAGGAUAAUAUGAUGCAGUAUAUGUUUUCCUUUGAAAAAAAAAAAUUAUUAUUUUUUAAAAAAAAUAAUUGACUUUUUGAGAAAUAUUUCCUUGAAUGAUAUGUUAUUUACAAAUGGUCAUAACUUUUUUAUUUAUGAGUCUAUUCUUUUGAAACUUGAAUAUGUUUUAUAGUAUUGAACAGAUUCUAAUAAAAUAUCAAUUUUAUUGAUUUAAUUGGAAACACUUUUUUUUUUUCCUUCUUUGUAAAACUGUGAUGUUAUAUUUUUGUCGACUUAAAAAAAUAAUUUUUUUGCCCAAAAAUAAUAAAACAUCAAAUUUAGCAAGGAUAUUUUGUACAAACACCAAGUAUCAAUUAAAGAGCAUUCAAUUACCUUUAAAAUCAUAUAUAAUACUUGGAGGUAGCUACAAAAUUACAGUCAUGAGACACUUUGAAGAAUAAGAUAUAUUCAAGGUCAUUAAAAAAUGGAAAAAUCUACAGUCUUUUGAGAGUUAAACUUCACCCUUUGAUCAACAGAUGAAAGAUCGUGUAGCUGUAUUUAUGUGUAACCUGAAACCAGCCAAAAUGAGGGGUGUGUUGUCUGAGGGCAUGAUCAUGUGUGCAGUUGGCGCAGAGAAAACAGAGAUUUUGGUCCCACCAACAGAUUCAGUCAUUGGUGAUAGAGUCACUUUUGAUGAGUAUCCAGGUAUAACAGACCGGUAUACAUUUAUAACAGACCGUAUACAUAUAUCAGAAUGAUGAGUGCUUUUGAUCAAGUUGUCUUUAAAGUAGCAGCACAAGCUUCACAAUUAUUAAUAACACCAACAGCAAGGCAAGGAAUGAUAAAAAAAAAAUGUUGCACCAUAAUGAAAUUUUCAUUAUGAAAAACAAAUUAAUAAAUAAUAUUCUCAAGAGCUACUGUUAUUUGUUUAAAAUGAUGUUGCUACUUUCAUUUGGGACUUUAAUGAAAGUUCAUUCUAAGAAAACAAAUUUAUCAUAAGUUUUGCUUUAAACUCUUCUUUACUUCCAUUCGCUGUUUAAUAAAUUUUUAGAUGAAAAUUUCAGCAUUUAUUGAUAUGGAAUGCAGAAAACACUGAAUAGAAAUGAUUUCCGACUAUGUAGUGAACAAUUAAAUAAAAAAUCACAAUUAGAUUUUAAAUAUUUCAUUCCCUGCCUUGAUGCUGAAGGCCCCUUCACAGGGUAAAGUCUUUGUUAUGUAAAUAUUAGGAAGGGAUGGCCGCUUAAAAAGAAUGUUCUGAUACUGAUACAUUGAAAUGGGUUACGGGUACUGGUAAAAAUUUUAAAUGCCAUUUAAGUAAACUAUUUAAGAGUACUGGUAUUUAUGUAAACUCUAAAGAUUUUGCAAGGAAUUUGAAUUAAAAAGAUUUGUUGCCCUUUACUUACAUUAUUUAAGAUUUACAAAAUUAAUGAAUAUACAAAUUAAAAGACACUUGAACUCUUACUGAUCAAUACUAUCACAUCUAAUCAUUUCUAGGAACCCCUGAUGUUCAGUUAAACCCAAAGAAGAAGAUUUGGGAGACAUUAAAACCUGAUGUGAGAACCAAUGCUGACAGGGUAGCCACAUACAAGGGAGCACCAUUUAAUAUUAAGGGGAAAGGAUUUGUUGUAGCUCCAACAUUGGCAAAUACACAAAUAUCUUGAAUUGUAUGUUUUUGUUACUGUUACUAUUUGCUGUGAAAAAAAUUGUAAUUAUUAAAAAUAAAAUUUGAUUAGUUAUAAAACUGUUUUAGGCAAGUGUUAUGCCUUAUUACGGAGAUGAUCUUGUCUUUGAUACAAUAUUUUAUUUAAUUUCUAACAAAACUUCAGAAGAAAAAUAGAACUGAAAUGAUUAACUGUAUUCUACAAUAAAAAUGUGGCUUAUGCGUUUGGUUGAAACGAUAAUGUUGCUGUUAAAAUCAUGAAGUAUUAUGUGAAUAAAGAGUUUAAACUGUUUUGACUUAUUGAUUGUUAAUUUUCUGUUGAGUGAAGGGGAAAAUAUUUCUAGAUAAAGAUAUCCGUGAUAUUUCAUUUUUCUUGAGCUGAUGUGGC